AUGGCUCUUAACCUCUUUACACGCCUGUUCAGGCUGCCUGCUACGGCGCGUUCCAACUUUUCGGCCCUCAGCACCACUCUUCGCUCACCGAUCGCCGCCUCACCACGCGCAUUCAGCACAUCGUCACCAUUCUCGGCUACAUACAACCAAGUCUUGCGCGGCUGCCGUGUCGCUCAAAAAGCCCGUAAACCUACCUCGCCACAAUUGAAAGAUAGACCUGAGAUGAAGGGCGUGUGUGUGCGUGUCGGAAUUACCAAGCCAAAGAAGCCCAAUUCGGGAGAGCGCAAAGUCGCAAGAGUCAGAUUAAGUAACGGCAGAGUCGUUACCGCCUAUAUCCCUGGUGAAGGUCACAAUGUUCAGCAGCACUCUGUUGUCUUGGUCCGUGGUGGUCGUUCGCAGGAUUGCCCCGGUGUCAAGUACCAUCUUGUCAGAGGCGCCUUGGAUCUGGGUGGUGUUGGUAACAGAAUCACUUCACGAUCAAAGUACGGCACCAAGAAGCCCAAGGCUGCCUAA